AUGGCUCUGCUUCAAUACCAAGCACCGGUUGACUAUGCCGCGCAACUGGAUGGCUUCAAGGACUUCUUGAGCCAUUUCAAGACGCUUCAAUCGACCUCGGAAGCUGCUGCGACCGAGGCGAUGGAGGAGCUGAACAUCGAUGGAAACCGCACUAGUGAUGAAUAUGACUUCAUGGACGACGUGGAUGACGAGGGUACAACUCCCCAUGGAGCAAGACGGCGCCGGGAGCCGAAGCUCAAGUACAUGCAAAUUUUGCAGGAUAUUGCCAACAGGGAUGCCACAAACAUUGUGAUUGAGUUAGACGAUCUGGAAAUUUUCGAAAAAGCUCUUCCGGAGGAGCAGCAGAACUUGAAGCUUGUCGACUCGAUCCAAAAGAACACCAAGCGCUAUAUCGAGGUCUUUUCGCAGGCGGUCGAUACGGUCAUGCCAAAGGAGACAAAAGACUUUACAUUCAAGGAUGACGUUCUUGAUGUGAUUAUGGAACAGCGUGAAGAGCGCAACAAACUGGUGGAAACGAUGAUGCAAGCCGAUAUGGACGAUGUUGAUGCCGCAUCCAUGUUCCCCCCAGAGCUCACUCGUCGCUACACUCUCAACUUUAAGCCUCUCACACCCUCUGGCUCCAGCAGCGACCGCGCUGGCAAGGCGCUUGCCGUACGAAACGUGCGGGGUGAACACUUGGGUUCCCUGAUCACUGUUCGCGGCAUCACCACCCGUGUUUCCGAUGUCAAACCAGCUGUUCAGAUUAAUGCCUACACAUGCGACCGAUGUGGCUGCGAAGUCUUUCAGCCUGUUACCACUAAGCAGUACCUCCCUCUUACGGAGUGUUUAUCUGAAGAGUGCAAGAAAAACAAUUCGAAGGGCCAGCUAUUCCUCUCCACUCGUGCAUCCAAGUUCAUUCCUUUCCAGGAAGUCAAGAUCCAAGAAAUGGCGGAUCAGGUGCCAGUGGGUCAUAUCCCCCGAACUCUGACUAUCAACUGCCACGGAGCUCUUACUCGGCAACUGAACCCGGGUGACGUUGUCGAUGUCGCCGGCAUUUUCCUGCCUACUCCGUACACUGGAUUCCGGGCCAUUCGUGCCGGUCUCCUGACCGAUACCUACCUUGAAGCCCAGCACAUCACCCAGCACAAGAAGUCCUACAAUGACAUGGGUAUGGACAACCGGACUUUGAAGAAAAUUGAACAAUACCAGAAUUCUGGCAAUAUGUAUGAAUUUCUUGCCCGCUCCAUCGCUCCUGAGAUCUUCGGACAUCUGGAUGUCAAGAAGGCUCUUCUCUUGCUGUUGAUUGGUGGCGUGACUAAGGAGAUGGGUGAUGGAAUGCACAUUCGUGGUGACAUAAACAUCUGCCUUAUGGGUGAUCCUGGUGUCGCCAAAUCUCAGUUGUUGCGAUACAUUACGAAGGUCGCUCCUCGUGGUGUUUACACCACCGGUCGUGGUAGCAGCGGUGUUGGUUUGACUGCCGCUGUUAUGAGAGACCCGGUUACUGAUGAGAUGAUGCUCGAGGGUGGCGCUUUGGUACUCGCCGACAAUGGCAUCUGCUGUAUUGAUGAGUUCGAUAAAAUGGACGACUCCGAUCGUACUGCCAUUCAUGAAGUGAUGGAACAGCAGACUAUUUCCAUUUCAAAGGCCGGCAUCACCACUACAUUGAACGCCCGCACUUCCAUCUUGGCGGCUGCUAACCCCCUGUAUGGUCGCUACAACCCUCGGCUCUCGCCUGUGGAAAACAUCAAUCUGCCCGCCGCCCUGCUGUCUCGUUUUGAUGUCAUGUUUUUGCUUUUGGAUUUACCUUCGCGGGAAACUGACGAGGAAUUGGCCAACCACGUUACCUACGUCCAUAUGCACAACAAGCACCCAGAGACCGAAGACGCAGGCAUCAUGUUCACUCCUCACGAGGUCCGUCAAUAUAUCGCCAAGGCGCGAGCCUUCCGUCCUGUUGUUCCCUCAAACGUCUCUGAAUACAUGGUCGGCGCAUAUGUCGCUAUGCGGAAACGUCAAAAGAAGGACGAGGCCAGGAAACAGCAAUUCUCGCACGUCACCCCGCGUACUCUCCUUGGCAUUGUGCGUCUCUCGCAAGCUCUUGCCCGUCUUCGCUUCAGCGAAGAGGUUGUUCGUGAGGAUGUUGACGAGGCUUUGCGUCUCAUUGAAGUCAGCAAGGCUUCUCUCUACAAUGAUGGUGAUUCAGGUGCCGACCACACGCCUACCAGCAAGAUUUACACUUUGAUCCGCAAUCUAUGGGAGAGCGGUGCUGCUGCUAUGGGUGACGGUGAAGACAAUGAACUUAGCUUGCGGCGUGUGCGUGAGCGUGUGCUGGCGAAGGGCUUCACUGAGGAUCAGCUCACCACUUGUCUCCAUGAGUAUUCCGAGGCUAACGUUUGGCAAGUUUCCGGAAACGGAUCUCGCCUUGUUUUCGUUAACGUCGAUGAUGAGAUGGAUGUUUAA